GGGGGGGCGGUCCCCGAGCCUCCGGCAGGUGGGGAGCCCGCGGGCACCGACGGCGCUCGGUGGGAUGGAGGGCGAGCCGCCGGUCGGGCCCCGGGGCCACGGCCCGGAGCGGGGGGGUGGCAGCGGGGCGGCCGGGGGACUGUCCAGCUCCGGCACCCGCUGGGACCCCCCCACGGGCAGCGGGGACGGGCCCACGGUGGUGGCGGCAGCGGCCAGCAACGCGGCCUUCGAGGGCGACCCGCCGCCCUACUCCCCCCCGGACCCCAAGAGCGUUCAUCUCCUCUACCCGCCGUUCCCGGCCGGCUUCUCCCAGCAAGCGCCCGUCGUCUACCAGCCAGGGCGGGGGCCAGGACCAUUCCCACCCCAGGGCAUCCCACCCGCACCCCUGCCCUACACCACCUAUGACGGGCAGCCGAGCACGGGGCCAUCGCCCGCCGGCCGUGGGCAGCGCCUGCCCAAGGACUACAUGGUGGAGUCGGUGCUGGUGACCGUCUUCUGCUGCUUACUGACCGGGGUCGUCGCCCUCCUCUACUCCCACGAGACCCGGGCUGCUCUCGGCCGUGGGGACGUGGCCCAGGCAAACGUGGCAUCCAAAAAGGCCCAGUCGCUGGUCCUCUUCAGCCUCCUCUUCGGGUUGUUCGCCUCCAUCAGCUGGGUCAUCUACGUCCUGGUGGCCCUGUACCUAUGACAGGGACCCCGAGCCCCAGGGACACGGCGUGCGCUGGGGGCUUCUUGCGGCUCACCACAGCCCGGGGGGGCACGGGCAGGCGGAGCGGCCGCGGUCCCCUCAUGGCAUCGCCGGGGCUGCUGCGGGAAACGGGUGACCACAAAGUGUUAUCGGGGCUGAGGGGCAGCGUCCGUCCUUCCUGGCGGGGCGAGGAGCCGCUCCGGAGCCAUGCGUGCCUUCGCCCGCCCGCUCUCAGCCCCGCGGGCAGGAGGAACCCGGACCAAAGCGACGGCGGUGCUGUGUCCCGCUGGAGCCGGCUCUGAGCAAAGAGCCGCGUCGGAGCAGCGGCACUACGUACGGGAUCAGGCUCUGCUGCGGGAUGUUGAACCCCGUUACCACGGACUGUCGCUUGGAGGUGUCGAAUGGGACUCUGGUGCAGAGGGAGCGUCUUGUAGAACUGGGGCUGGAGCAAAUGGCCAAGGCGUAACGGAGGGGCCAAGGCGUGCAGCCGCUCUGCUCUGGGCGUGCGAGAAGCCCUCACCGGUCAUUAAUGAUGUGAGAAGAUACAAACCCAUGUAUUUAGCCUCUACGGUAAUUUUGCACACACAAAUACACACACAUGCUGCAUCGCCACCUUCUUGCUGCUUCCAGAUUGAAAUAAAAUAGAGGUGUAGCCAAA